UUGAUGCGUGCGGUGGCCAGGCUACAUAAGGCCAACCCGCGCCGUGUCCAGCCCUUCACUGCCUCCCGUCCUGCUGUGCUGGCAGCUCGCCUCCCACGCCUUCACACACUUGUAGCGCUUACGUGUCACCCAGCAUCUGUGGACGGUGUCGCCAUCUACCACUACCACCACCACUACCACCAUCACCACCUUGAGAGACGAUUAACUUCCUUGCCCUUCUCUAUCCAGCUCACCUUUCUCAGACAAGAUGGAGAACAAGCUGGUGCUCCUAGUGGCGGCCAUUUCCCUACUGUUGGCUCUGUCCUGCCAGGCCCUACCUUCUGGAGAGUCCGUUCUUGAGGAUUCCAGUCUGAGUGCAGACAAGAGGCCAAAGUACAUGGACACACGACGGGAUCUGGAUAUUUUCAAAUAUAUGCUGAUGGCUUCUAUUAAAGAGCUGGUGGACGAGGGGCGACUGAACCCGGCGAUGUUGCCCAGAGACGAGGAGGGCGACGAUAACGAGACGACGAGUAUUGAGAAGCGCAUGCAGUACAUGGGCAUCUGCAUGCGGCGCCGGCAGAACACACUCAUCCCCUACCCCUGUCUGCGCUCAGGGCGACGCUGAGUGUUUACUCAGCAGGAACGCACCAGGUGACCUCUUAUUUUCAUCUGUCCGGAUCUUCUUUUCUCCAUUUUCGAGCCUCUACAUCAAGCAGAUAAAACCGAACGGCAAAGAUGAGUGUUCAAUGUAGCGACUGCCAUUCACCUGGGGGUCUACCUGGAGCUUGAAAGAAAGGAAAGUUGCAGUCUGCAGAGAUGUGUACGGAGCUGUCGUCUUGCGAGGGCGGUUGUGAACAGCAGUGUGUAUUGCCUCCAUCGCUCAAACUCAGGAUGAACUUGUCCUUUGCUCGAAAAUGUACUUUCUCUCACCAAGCAAAAAGAAAAAAAAAUAAGUCUUCACAAUCUCCGUUAUUAAUUUGUCGGAAUUUUCCAUCUUUCAUGUGCAUCAUCUCGGGUUGAUGUGAAAUAGAGUCGGAAUAUACACCA